GUCGUGGCAUCGAGUCUAGCGUUGCUGCAAAUGGCCGGGGGCUGGGGCUGGUGGCGGUGGUGGGGCGGGGGGCACGACCCCCAUCAGGGAAGUCCCGGAGGCGCCCUGCGGACAAUUCCCGUAAACACGGGCGGGGCGGGGCGGGGCUUGGCGGGGGCCCAGCAUUUCCUGGGACGCCGCGCCGGACCGAGGCUGUGCGCCCGAGACUCUGGGUCCCCAGGGACGGCGCUGGGCUGGCCUGGCAAGGGGGACGAGUCAGUGGACACUGUGGGAAGAGCGGCCCCGCGGGGGGCGAUGACCGUGCGCUGGCCGUGACUCACUCCAGGUCUGAAGGCGGGAGCCCCCGGGGCGACUCGGGGGCGGACCGCGGGGCGGAGCUGUCGCCCGGGAGUCCGGCCGAGCCACCUGAACCCGAGCCGCGGGACACCGUCGCUCCUGCUCUCCGAGUGCUGCGCGCCGCGAUGGGCCCGAGGAGCUGGCUCGCCGCCCCAUGGGGCGCGCUGCCGCCUCGGCCACCGCUGCUGCUCCUGCUGCUGCUGCUUCUGCUGCAGCCUCCACCUCCGACCUGGGCGCUCAGCCCCCGGGUCAGCCUGCCGCUGGGCUCUGAAGAGCGGCCAUUCCUUAGAUUCGAAGCCGAAAACAUCUCCAACUACACGGCCCUUCUGCUGAGCAGGGAUGGCAGGACCCUGUACGUGGGCGCUCGCGAGGCCCUCUUUGCACUCAAUAGCAACCUCAGCUUCCUGCCAGGCGGGGAGUACCAAGAGCUGCUCUGGAGUGCAGACGCAGAGAAGAAACAGCAGUGCAGCUUCAAGGGCAAGGACCCACAGCGUGACUGUCAAAACUACAUCAAGAUCCUCCUGCCACUCAGCAGCAGUCACCUGUUCACCUGUGGCACAGCAGCCUUCAGCCCCAUGUGCACCUACAUUAAUGUGGAGAACUUCACCCUGGCAAGGGACGAGAAGGGGAAUGUCCUCCUGGAAGAUGGCAAGGGCCGUUGUCCCUUCGACCCGAAUUUCAAGUCCACGGCCCUGGUGGUUGAUGGCGAGCUCUACACUGGAACAGUCAGCAGCUUCCAAGGGAAUGACCCGGCCAUCUCCCGGAGCCAAAGCCUUCGCCCCACCAAGACUGAGAGCUCCCUCAACUGGCUGCAAGACCCAGCUUUUGUGGCCUCAGCCUACAUUCCUGAGAGCCUGGGCAGCUUGCAAGGCGAUGAUGACAAGAUCUACUUUUUCUUCAGCGAGACUGGCCAGGAAUUUGAGUUCUUUGAGAACACCAUCGUAUCCCGCAUUGCCCGCAUCUGCAAGGGUGAUGAGGGUGGAGAGCGGGUGCUGCAGCAGCGCUGGACCUCCUUCCUCAAGGCCCAACUGCUGUGCUCACGGCCCGACGAUGGCUUCCCCUUCAAUGUGCUGCAGGACGUCUUCACCCUGAGCCCCAGCCCCCAGGACUGGCGUGACACCCUUUUCUAUGGAGUCUUCACUUCCCAGUGGCAAAGGGGAACUACAGAAGGCUCUGCCGUCUGUGUCUUCACCAUGAAGGACGUGCAGAGGGUCUUCAGUGGCCUCUACAAGGAGGUGAACCGUGAGACGCAGCAGUGGUACACCGUGACCCACCCGGUGCCCACACCCCGGCCUGGAGCGUGCAUCACCAACAGUGCCCGGGAAAGGAAGAUCAACUCGUCCCUGCAGCUCCCAGACCGUGUGCUGAACUUCCUCAAGGACCACUUCCUGAUGGACGGGCAGGUCCGAAGCCGCAUGUUGCUGCUGCAGCCCCAGGCUCGCUACCAGCGCGUGGCUGUACACCGCGUCCCUGGCCUGCACCACGCCUACGAUGUCCUCUUCCUGGGCACUGGUGAUGGCCGGCUACACAAGGCGGUGAGCGUGGGCCCCCGGGUGCACAUCAUCGAGGAGCUGCAGAUCUUCUCAUCGGGACAGCCGGUGCAGAAUCUGCUCCUGGACACCCACAGGGGGCUGCUGUAUGCGGCCUCACACUCGGGCGUAGUCCAGGUGCCUGUGGCCAACUGCAGCCUGUACCGGAGCUGUGGGGACUGCCUCCUCGCCCGGGACCCCUACUGUGCUUGGAGCGGCUCCAGCUGCAAGCACGUCAGUCUCUACCAGCCUGAGCUGGCCACCAGGCCAUGGAUCCAGGACAUCGAGGGAGCCAAUGCCAAGGACCUUUGCAGCAUCUCUUCGGUUGUGUCCCUGUCUUUUGUACCAACAGGUGAGAAACCAUGUAAGCAAGUCCAAUUCCAGCCCAACACAGUGAACACUUUGGCCUGCCCACUCCUCUCCAACCUGGCGACUCGACUCUGGCUGCACAACGGGGCCCCUAUCAAUGCCUCGGCUUCCUGCCAUGUGCUACCCACUGGGGACCUGCUGCUGGUGGGCACCCAACAGCUGGGGGAGUUCCAGUGCUGGUCGCUAGAGGAGGGCUUCCAACAGCUGGUAGCCAGCUACUGCCCAGAGGUGGUAGAGGACGGGGUGGCAGACCAAACAGAUCAGCGUGGCAGUGUACCCGUCAUCAUCAGCACAUCGCGUGUGAGUGCACCAGCCGGUGGCCAGGCCAGCUGGGGUGCAGACAAGUCCUACUGGAAGGAGUUCCUGGUGAUGUGCACACUCUUUGUGCUAGCCGUGCUGUUCCCAGUUUUAUUCUUGCUCUACCGGCACCGGAACAGCAUGAAAGUCUUCCUGAAGCAGGGGGAAUGUGCCAGCGUGCACCCUAAGACCUGCCCUGUGGUGCUGCCCCCCGAGACCCGCCCACUCAAUGGCCUAGGCCCCCCUAGCACCCCACUUGAUCACCGAGGGUACCAGGCCCUGUCAGACAGCCCCCCGGGGGCCCGAGUCUUCACCGAGUCAGAGAAGAGGCCACUCAGCAUCCAAGACAGCUUCGUGGAGGUAUCCCCGGUGUGCCCCCGGCCCCGAGUCCGCCUUGGCUCAGAGAUCCGUGACUCUGUGGUGUGAGAGCCGACUUCUAGAGGACGCUGCCCUGGCUUCAGGGGCUGUGAAUGCUCGGAGAGGGUCAACUGGACCUCUCCUCCGCUCUGCCGUUCGUGGAACACAACCGUGGUGCCCAGCCCUUGGGAGCCUUGGAGCCAGCGGGCCUGCUGCUCUCCAGUCAAGUAGCGAGGCUCCUACUACCCAGACACCCAAACAGUCAUGGCCCCAGAGGUCCUGGCCAAAUAUGGGGGCCUGCCUAGGUUGGUGAAACAGUGCUCCUUAUGUAAACUGAGCCCUUUGUUUAAAAAACAAAAUGUGAAACUAGAGAGGAAAGAGACAGCAUAGAAUGCAGCGCACACGGCCGCUCCAGUUCCCAGGGGCACUGGGGAUGCUUCCAAAGUGGUUGAGACAGAGUUGGAAACCCUCACCAACUGGCCUCUUCACCUUCCGCCUUAUCCUGCUGCCACUGGCUGCCCUGUCUCACUGCAGAUUCAGAACCAGCUUGGGCUCCGUGCGUUCUGCCUUGCCAGCCGGCCGAGGAUGUAGUUGUUGCUGCCAUCAUCCUACCACCUCAGGGACCAGAGGGCUAGGUUGGCACUGCGGCCCUCACCAGGUCCUGGGCUCGGACCCAACUCCUGGACCUUUCCAGCCUGUAUCAGGCUGUGGCCACACGAGAGGACAGCAUGAGCUCAGGAGAGGCUUAGUGACAAUGUAUGCCUUUCCCUCAGAAUUCAAGGAAGAGACUGUUGCCUGCCCUUCUCCAUCUUAGCGUGAGAACCCGUGUGUCCCUUCCCACCACAUCCACCCUCUCCAUUUUUGAACUCAAACACGAGGAACUAACUGUGCCCUGGUCCUCUCCCCAGUCCCCAAUUCACCCUCCAUCCCUCACCUUCCUCCACUCUUAAGGGAUAUCAACACUGCCCAGCACAGGGGCCCUGAAUUUAUGUGGUUUUUAUAUGUUUUUUAAUAAGAUGCACUUUAUGUCAUUUUUUAAUAACGUCUGAAGAAUUACUGUUUAA